CAGUCGAAGAACCGGUCGCUCUCAGCCUAACCCCCUCACUUGACUCUCACGCACAACCUCGCCGAGUAAACCGGCACUCCCCCAUGGUCUCUCCCUCCUCUUCCCAUUCACACACGCGAUGGCUCCCCUGCUCCUCCACCUCCUCCGUGUUCUGCUCCUCCUCGCCGCAGCCGACGCCUUCCCUGCUACCUGCAGCAACACCACCUGCGGCGACCAGACGAUCGCCUACCCGUUCUGGCUCAACUCUUCAGUAGCGUCCGACUGCGGCUACCCCGGGCUCGGCCUUGCCUGCAAGAACAACACCACUCUUCUCCCCGUCCAGUCCCACUGGUACAGAGUCGUCGCCAUCGACUACACCACGCACACCAUCUGGGUCUCCGACCUCGACGUCGGUGGCGGCGAGUACGCCCCCGGCUGCCCGCGUCUCCACGUGAACCUCAGCAUCGACUACACGAGCUCCUGGCUGCAGCUCACGCCCUCCGACUCCAACAUCACCUUCCUCUACAACUGCAAGAAGAACGUAUCUUGGUCCUCCGCCGUGGAAUUGAGUGGGUGCCAAGAUUAUGAUGGCAAGAGGUCGUACGUCUUGCCGGAUGGUGGGAUCACGGGUGCUGAAGCGUACGAGUACGAGUGCGAGGAGGUGGUGGUGGCGCCGGUGAUGGCCGUACACAAGGACGGAAUGUUGGGCGCCCCUGGCGCUCCGCCUCCGACGAACGGAUCGUUCAGUGGCGUGGUGAGGGCUGGGUUCGAGUUGAUGUACAACGCUCACUCCCAGCAGUGCGGCCGAUGCGAGCGCUCCGGCGGGUGGUGCGGCUACCGGCGCAACGAGACGCACGGUCGGCUCGGAUUCACCUGUUUCUGCGACGGCGGCCCGACCUCGGAUCGUUGCGGGCACAGCCAGUUUAAUUUAAUCUGAUUGGCUCACAUGGAAGGCAGUUCAUGCGAACCAAGACACUCCAAUUUAGAGCAUCAAUUAACAGAUGUUUCUCUAGAAGAAGGCAUAAGAAAAUAUCCAGAGUCAAGUACUAGCUUAUAUGGUUUUUGGUUGGUAUAUGGUCCGUAUGGAAGUCAACUGA